AAGAGAUAACCCUUAUAUGUAAUUAUUUCCCAAAAUUGAGAUGUCAGAUCACCUUAUCCAUUGAGUACAAGUCUUGGUGGGACAAUUCAAACUUGUUUCUCGUCCGAGUUCAGCUUUACAGCAUGGAUUCACCCUGGGAGGAAGAUCCACGAGCAGAUUAUGCUCCUGAAGCAGACUGGGCAAAACUCUCCAAUGAGUUCACAAACUCUGGAUACCGAGAAGGGAUAAUCGCAGGCAAGGAAUCCGCACUUCAAGAGGGUUUCGACGCUGGUUUCGCGCAUGUAGGAGUUCCGAUAGGUCGUGAUUUGGGGUCAAUGCGUGGCGUAAUCUCUGCGAUUACAUCAUUCUUGAGUUCAAAAAGCCAAGAAGAUUCAACAACUCUAACAACGGCACGCGAAAUAUCAUCUUCGCUCGCGGGCGUUCGUUUCUCUGAUAUCGUUCCUCCCGAUCAGGAAGCAGAGCAACACGCCAGAGAGCAUCUUGAUGCAAAUGAUGAUCCAGUCGGACAGAGUGAGGAACUUUUGCAGAAGAGAGAGAUGGAGGGAUUAGAAGAUAUGCUGCAGAAGCUCACUGCUGGCGCUACAAGUAGACCGUCGCAGGGUAGGCCAACUAGAGAGGACGUGAUCCGUUUGAAAGAAGGCAUUCUUACCCUGAGUGGCCAGUUGGGCUUGGAUAUUACAUCCUAGUUUAGGGUUAGGUCUUACUUUGACUCGGAC